ACAUGUGCAGCAGCGGAGAGUCAUCAUGGCGGCGCGUAGCCAUGUGCAGGAUCCUAAUGACAGGAGGCUGCGUCCAAUAUACGAUUAUCUAGACAAUGGCAACAACAAGAUGGCUAUACAGCAAGCUGACAAAUUGCUCAAGAAACAUAAGGAUCUUCACUGUGCAAAGGUUCUGAAAGCAAUUGGCCUACAGCGAACAGGGAAACAAGAAGAUGCGUUUACCUUGGCACAAGAAGUAGCUGCACUUGAACCCACAGAUGACAACUCCUUACAGGCCCUUACUAUUCUCUAUCGUGAGAUGCACAGACCUGAACUGGUCACUAAGUUGUAUGAAGCUGCUGUGCGAAAAGUUCCAAACAGCGAAGAGUACCACUCACAUCUCUUCAUGGCAUAUGCCAGGGUUGGAGAAUACAAAAAAAUGCAACAGGCUGGGAUGGCACUUUACAAGAUUGUUCCAAAGAAUCCAUAUUAUUUUUGGUCUGUGAUGAGUCUGGUCAUGCAGUCCAUUUCAGCUCAAGAUGAAAAAUUAUCAAAGACAAUGUUCCUCCCCUUAGCACAGCGGAUGGUGGAAAAGAUGGUGAAAGAGGACAAGAUUGAGGCAGAAGCAGAGGUGCAACUUUAUUUAAUGAUUUUGGAACGUUUGGGAAAAGACCUGGAGGCUCUGGAAGUCAUCAGAGGAAAACUGGGAGAGAAACUGACCAGCGAGUUGCAGAGCCGUGAAAUGAAAUGUAUGGUGCUCUACAAGAAGUUAAUAAAAUGGCCUGAAUGCAACGCACUAUCAAGGAAACUGUUAUUGAACAACCCAGAUGACUGGCAAUUCUACUUAUCCUACUUUGAUUCUCUCUUCCAUUUGAUUGAUGCUGCUUGGACUCCACCCACAGAGGCAGAACACUCUCUGGAGGGUCCGGUCACCUGCCUUGUACAGGAGGCCAUAAACUUCGUGGAGGAGAGAAUUGUGAAUGAAGAACCAAAGGGCUCCCGCCGUCUGAGGGGACCAUACCUGGCUAAACUUGAAUUAAUAAGACGGCUGAGGGAGAGGGGUACCAAUGAUGAACACAAACUUGGGAUACCAGAGGAGCUGAUGUUCCAGUACUUUGAAAGGUUUGGGGAUAAACCUUGCUGUUAUUCUGACCUGAAAAUCUUUGUCGAUCUUCUAUCAUCGGAGCGGCAUACACAGUUCAUCAAUAAACUGCUGGAAGUAGUACCUCUGUCAGUGUCAGCAGAGGGUGACCUUGCUUUGCCAGGUGAUGUUAAAGCUAUGCAGAGGCACAUGUUCAUCAUCCAGUUUGCCAGGUUGUUAGGUCUUCAUGAAACCUUGGACCAGGCACAGAAACUCAGUCUCAUUCAGGAGCUUAUGCAGAGAUACAAGCAUGCCCUUGAGUUUGGAAAGUCAUGCUUAAAAACAGAAUUGCAGUUCUCUGACAAUUACUGUCUAUUUGCUGUGCAUCUGCUUCUUGACAUCUGGAAACAAUCAGGUGAAGAAAGACCCUUAUGGCAGUCUCUAGCACUGCUGGAGGAGACCCUCUCUAACAGCCCCUCCAGUGCUCAGUUCAAGUUGCUGCUCAUUCGAAUCUACUGUCUUCUGGGAGCUUUUGAGCCAGUAGUAGACUUGUAUACCAGCCUUGAUGCCAAGCAUGUGCAACAUGACACAAUUGGGUAUUUGCUGACUCGAUACGCAGAGCCAUUGGGCCACUUUGCUGCUGCUUCCCAAGCAUGUAACUUCACACUCAGGUUUUUCCACUCCAACCAGAAAGAUACCUCUGAAUAUAUAAUUCAGGCAUAUAAAUAUGGUGCUUUUGAGAAGAUCCCAGAAUUCAUUGCAUUUCGGAACAGGCUGAACAACUCUCUGCAUUUUGCACAAGUCCGUAUUGAGCGUAUGCUGUUAGACCUCUUCCUCGAAGCAAACAUAACACAAACCCUGGAAGAAAGUAUAAAAUCCAUGGGUUUAUGUCCAGAUGAAGAUGAUAUUCCAUGGGACAGUCUUCGAGAUAACCGGGAUCUAACUGUUCUCUUAUGCUGGGAUCCAAAGGAGAGUGAAUUGUCAGAAGGUCAAAGGAAGAAUUCUAUGAAAGAAGAGAGAACGUGGCUUCAGAUUCGUUCAUUAACGCUGCGUUUGAUCUGUGCGCUCGCUGCCAUCAGUCACACAGUCGAGCCGAAGAAUUCCAAAAAAACAACGGAGAAUGGUGUCACUUCAAAAAUUGACACGUUACGUUCUUUAAUUCAACAGCUUGAAUGUAUUGUGCAGACUGAGAAGAAAAAAGACAAACAGAUUGUUCAGUUUCUGGUCCAGGGGCCACCCCCUACACGUAUGUUGACCUACCUGGAAAGCAGUAGUUGUUGGUGUCAAAUUAAUGCUUUUCACCUGGUUAUUGAUGUUUACGAGUUGGAUGUCAGUGGAUUAGAAGAAACACCAGAUGUCCAGAGUCGGUUAGCAGAUGAUUUUAAGUUGUUAUUGGGGCAGUUGCAAGAAUUAUUCAAUAAAUGCAAAGGCAGUUUGUUGGAAGUUAAAGAAACAAAUUGUACAACAAGGCCAGAACUUUUAGAAAACCUUGUCUUUUUAGUUGAGACUGUCUGCAUAAUCCUGUGGGUAUCUUAUUACUGUGGUAAUGUCCUACGGCCGCUUAAAUCCAGUUUACAGAAGAAAAAGAAGAAGAAAAAGGAAAUUAAUUUUACGAUGCCAAUUCUUUUUAGCAGCUUCCAGGACUAUGUGGCUGGCUUACAGAAUUUCUUGUCUGAAGUGGUUAACCAUAUUAAAGACUUGGAGUCUGAACUAACUGCACUGAAAUUUGAAGAGCUGACAAUGGAUAGUAAUUCAGUUGUUGAGGGUGAACAGAAGUUCUCCAGGAUAGUGCGAGGGAAAAUACAGAGCAGCUACUUGCGUUCCCUUCAGGAGAUGGGAGACCUACUGAGAAAGAGACUGGACACAGUUAAAAGUCUGAAAAUUUAACUGUCUGUGACAAAUGAGGAGAGGGUUGGGGGAGGGGGGAGAAACCAGUGGAAAAAGAACUGCUCGGCAAUGCCGUAUCAUCCCAAUACUGUUACCAUGUGUUCCUAGGACCCCAUCAGAUAUAUCAACUGAUCCAGAACAUUUACCAGAGAGCAUGAAGGACUUUGCGGCAAAAGAGUUUAAAAUAAAAGGUUUUUAGAGCAAAAACAAAGUUAAUAAAUUAUGUACAUAAACUCGAGAGUCAGAGGCCUUCUCUCCGACUUGGCAGCAAUAUUUUUAGAAAAUAUGGGUGUUUCUCUUGUGUCGUUCAGUGCAUGGUACACCCAGCAACAUUGCUACUAGAUGCUUAAAAAGUCAAAUGAAAUAUUAGACUCUGUUCAAUAGCAGAUAGUACCUGUGUUGGUACUGACAUUUCGACUGCAGCUUAUACAUCACAUAUUGGUGUACAGACUGUAUAUGAUAAGUAUCAUAUGUCCCAUCAUAAUUUAUUCAAUAUUUCAAUUCGUGUUUUUUAUUUGUAUAAAUUUUAUGUCUAAGCAGAAUUCUCUUUCAGCAACUGUGAAACUCAGAGUACAUGCUCCUUCGUUGUGAAUCUGACUUCUCAAAUCCAUUCCCUUGUUGGAGAACUAUAUUCCUUAAGGUUUUGAACUUUGAAGGGAUUUCAUUUUGCUUUUAAGGUGCCUCGUGUCAUUAUUUCUUUUUCAAGCAUGGGUGAAAGCCACUUAACUGCAGUUUGUUACUGAUGGCUGUAUUACGUAUGGUAGCUCUGAGCGUGCUGGGGAAUAAGAUAAUCUCCUGAGAGCUUGGUCUGAACCAGAGGCACCAGUAUUGUCUGUCACAUUUCUCAAGUGUAUUCACUGCUUCUGGUAAACCAUGAGAACUGAUUGCGUCUAACAGAGAGGCAGCCUCUCCAUUUGUUUUCUCAUCUGUUGAAGACGGAUCUGACAAAGGGAAGAGGAAACCUAAUAAAGAAAUGUUAUGAGGUGCAAUUCAGAUAUGAAACAAGAUUUUUUUUAUUGUAUUGAUCCCAAGUGUACACUGCCAAUACCAAUCACACUACUGGAUUUUAAAUAACACAACAAGAUUAAUGUGGCAGGAGGUUGACUUUAACGAAGUCCAGAAGUCUGGCUUGUUUGCCCCACCUAGUGGUUGAAUUGGUUAUAUGUUAUUGAACAAUACAUGCCAAAUUGAUCUCUGAUUAAUGUUGGUUUUCUUUCAAUAUUAGAAUGGCAUUGAGUGUUAAAAUUUUCUGUAUUCCAAUCUAUGAAGAUUGAAAAUAUAAAUUAACCUGUUGCUUUUCUCUUAGUUUUUGAGGAUGAUUGGAGUUCAGUGUAUCUUUAAUGUACUCGCAGUAAUGAAUCCGAGGUGGCAAUAAACCUGAUUCUGAUUCUGGUUCACUCUAGCUUUCGAUAAAUUGCAAGAAGACUUCCAACUUUCCUAAACUUUGUAAGUCUGAGUUGGCACUUAUAGAAAAGGGAAUAUAAACAGGUAUGAGGCAGAAGUUGAAAAUGUCCCCUGUACUUGCACAUCAGUGUGAGUAAAGUGGUGAUAGUACAAUUUUAAAAUAUAUUUAUAAAGCUUAAGUUUAGCAUGGAAAACAUAAAAGACUAGAAAAACUACUCACUUUGAAGCAAAUAAAGUUAAGAUUUGACAGAAGUUCAAAAUUAGGGUUUUAGUGAGGGUAAAUGAGAAUGUGUCUGGUAGUACUGGAAGAAACAGGGUUAAGGUACAAGGCAAAAGAACUGGGCAGUGGUGUGAGGGCAGUAUUCAAUUUGCUGUCUGUCCAUGAUAGAAAUUAAUUCCAGGUCAGCUCUAGUUCUUUUCACCAAUGUCUUGUUUCUGUAUAGGAUCAACUUUGCUGAUGGCGAGCAUCAUUAAACAAGAAGUGUUUCAGUGUUCUCUCAACUAGAUUUGUGCAGCUUGAGUCACUGCACAAUAAUGUUCAUGGCCCCACAUCACAAACCAUUCCUGGGUGUGUCCUGCAUCAUGGUUUCAUCUGAAGAUGUGAUGAGAGCCAUUAGUGAGUGUCUGGAGUCUUAUUAGCCAGUCUGUUGAAGGUAACCUGGGUAUACAUGAUACGAUGCCAAAAUGGGAUAUUUUCUCAUAUUAAUUAAAUUCAUAUUUUGUGUCAUUUUGAAAUAAUGUAAAGGCAUUAAACAACUCAGCUACAUUUUUAAAAAUACUAAUGUUGACCCAUAAAAAUAGUACAUCUCUCACUAAUAAAUAAUAUAGCUUCUCAUUAUGCUAUAUGUUUUUACCUCAGUGAAGCUACAUGGUUGACAACAUUUGAUCUAAUGAUGAGCUCCUUGCACAUGUAUACUUAUUAGCAAUUUAAACAAGCCUUCAUAUUAUACAUGACAAACUGUGUGUUCUGUUGUGCCUUUGUAUUAAUAAGGUGCUGUCAUUAUCCACUGUUUCUGUUUUUAAUGGGAACAACAUGCAGAAAUAUUCACGACCAGUCUUGUUGCUAUGGAGUUGCGUAGUGCUGGCAGUUUGUUGUGUACUUUCCACUCUAUUGGUAAUAUACUCCCUGGCUCAGGCUUUGUCCUAUUUUAAAAUGUAGUGCUACUUUUAAGAUCUAAAAUAUAAAUUUUCAGAUCUUUUUAGUUCUUUUUUCCUUAUGUGGAAUUGAAUGUGUUUCUUUUAACUCUAGAUUUGUAUUUUCUGUCUUUAUAUUGCUUUAACACCACCUGCCUGCUGACUUAAUGUGAACAGCUGGAUCCAAGUAGAUUUACCCUUUGUGCUCACCUCUCUCUCCUCUCUUGGUUCAGGAAAGAUUGGAAACUCAUUGUAUAGAGUCACAAUGUAGUUCUGCAUUUUUGUGUUAUUACUGGAACAGUAUGGUUCAGUUGCAAUGAAAAGAGACAUCAUCACACCUGAUUGUUCUUAAUGUUUGCCCUAAGUCUCUACAUUAUUCACAUACAGAAAACAUCACUGUUCAUGAAGUCUUCCUGAUUCCAACUGUAUUGUUUGAUUCCACAAACCUUGUGUAUCUCAAAUUGGAAUCCAGCCAAAGAUUAUGAAAUCCAACUUUAAUAUCCUUAACAGCACUAUACAACUGUGUAUUUGAAUAAUACUGAUUAGCAUGACUCAUUCGAAUUCUGCAGUUCCUCUUGAAUAAAUGUACUAAAAAUAGAGAAUAAGAUCAGGCAGGUGGUCUGCAUAAUUUUUCAGAUAUUUAAAUUUUUAUAUACUAUUUAUAAAAAGUACUUAUUGAAACUACCCAAAUUAGAUUCUGAAUGUUUGCCUGGAGGUAGAUAAAUUGAUUACUCCUUUCCUCUACAGUGUUUUUUUUCUUUCCCAGUGUCAAGUGAGGUAGGUUCUUCCGAAGACCAUCAUGCUCAUGGUGCAGGAUGACCUACCUUGCAUCACAUCAGAGAGCUGAUGGGAAGUUUUCUAUCUGCCUGAGUCAAAGGAAUAAUGGAAUCAACAGCACAGGAGGGAAGCACAGCACACAUCUUGUCUAUGUAAGCUGAAACUAGAAUAAUCCCCAUUCCCAGUGGUAGUCUUGGGUGUUGUAUACAUACGUAUUUAUUAAUCUGAGUACCUUUUAGGUACGAUGAGGAUUUUGGCCUGCAUUGAUUUAGGCGGUCAUUUCUGGAACCCCAUUGCUCAUUAGUUUGGAAAAGGAAUUGUUGCAAGUCUUAAUUCUUCAAACUACCUUAAAUGUUACCAGAGUUGAUUGGCUUCUGUGAUUGGGUAAAUGAGUUCAUCCUGUUCAGCUCUACCUUGAUAAAUUUCUCCAAUACUGCAUCUAUUAAUCUCCCCUUAAAUAGUUUUUCCAUUUCUAACAACAUUCUUCUAUAUCUCCUCUCUGCCCUCUAGUGUUAUUACAUCUUUAUUAUAAUACCACACUUCGCAUAGCUUUGUAGAAAACCUUGCAAGAAUUUUUUGCAAGAAUUCUCCCUGAAUAACUUUCACCCUUGUGGAUCUCAGUGCAUGUACCCCAGUUCACUAUUUACUGCAAGCCAAAUGCAUUUCUUCAUACCACUAGUUUGAAUUCAGUUUGCAUCUUUUCUGCCCAUUCCACUAGUUCAUUGAUUUCUUCCUCACUAGUGAAGUACAUAGCUAAUUAUGAUAUCAGCUGAAAACUUUGUAUUCAGGAUUUCUACAUUAGUGCCCAUUGUUCAAAUGAUUUUAUAAAACAAGGAGUAAGGGACCAUGCCUUUGUCCAUUGAUCAUUGCCUUUAGCUUCCUGCCCUCUGAUCAAAUUUUACCCUAGUUCUCACUUUACCAGGGAUUUUACUUUUCUAAUCAGAAAGUUUGCCAAUUGACUUUUGAAACUCAACUAUAACUGGUCAGCCCUCUUUGAUACAUCCUUGAAGAAAGUCAGUCGUUUGUUUUAGAAUUCUCAACAACUCGUUUUGAUUCCUCUUGAUUAACCUGUUGCUGUAUAUCAGGGGUUCCCAAUGUGGGAUCCAGGAUCACUGGACCCCUCAGUUAUUGGUAGGGGUCUGUGGCAUUAAGAGAAAAGUUGGGACCCCCUGGCCUCGAUUCUAGGAUCACGUUCUUGUCCUAAGCUUUUGACACCAGUGUUAACUGUGAGGAGGAUGCAGGGUGACUUGGAUAGGGUAGGUGAAUGGGCAAAUUCAUGGCAGAUGCAAUUUAAUGUAGAUAAAUGUGAGGUUAUCUACUUUGGUGGCAAGAACAGGAAAACAUUAUUUGAAUGGUGGCCGAUUAGGAAAAGGGGAGGUGCAACGAGACCUGGGUGUCAGUGUACACCAGUCAUUGAAAAUGGGCAUGCAGGUACAGCAGGCGGUGAAAAGGGUGAAUGGUAUAGCAAGAGGAUUCGAGUACAGGAGCAGGGAGGUUCUACUGCAGUUGUACAAGGCCUUGGUGUGACCACACCUGGAGUAUUGUGUGCAGUUUUGGUCCCCUAAUCUGAGGAAAGACAUUCUUGCCAUAGAGGGAGUACAAAGAAGGUUCACCAGAUUGAUUCCUGGGACAGCAGGACUUUCAUAUGAAGAAAGACUGGAUCGACUGGGCUUAUACUCGCUGGAAUUUAGAAGGUUGAGGGGGGAUCUUAUUGAAACACAUAAAAUUCUAAAGAUUGGGCAGGCUAGAUGCAGGAAGAUUGUUUCCGAUGUUGGGGAAGUCCAGAGCGAGGGGUCACAGUUUAAGGAUAUAAGGGGGAGCCUUUUAGGACCAAGAUGCGGAAAAACUUCACACAGAGAGAUGAAUCUGUGGAAUUCUCUGCCACAGUAAACAGCUGAGGCCAGUUCAUUGGCUAUAUUUAAGAGGUGGCCCUUGUGGCUAAAGGGAUCGGGGGUAUGGAGGGAAAGCGGGUACAGGAUUCUGAGUUGGAUGAUCAGCCAUGAUCAUACUGAAUGGCGGUGCAGGCUGGAAGGGCUGAAUGGCCUACUCCACCUAUUUUCUACAUUUCUAUGAAUGAGAGUGCUCCCACUGAGUUGCAGUUGAUGAUUUUCUGUUAGUCACUUACAUGCUGACUCUUCCUAGUAAGAUGUUCUUUUAUUAUCUUGAUCACACCCAAUCCUCCUGCUUUAAAUAUUUAGUUAUGUUGUCCAUUACAUUUCAUUAUUGAUUUACCCACAUUUUUUUUAGGUUAUUUCACUCAGUCUAGCCCUUUCUCUUUUUGGAAGCAGUGGUCAUAGAUUAACUUCUUUGCAAGUCCUCCAGCCUCUCAAAGAGUUUGGAAAGAAAACUAAAAAUGGUAAUUCUUUCCAUUCUUUCCUUCUCAGCCUGCAGUACAUUUUCUCUGAGCUGGCAUUUACCUGUUUUAAAGAUGAUAAGCACUCAAAUGAUACUCCUAUAUGUACAAUCUAUCUCCCCCAAUAUUUCCAAUACAAAAGUUUGUAUUUCUUUAAAGCUAAGCAUGCAUGUUCUGAUUUGACAUUUGGACACUGUCCUUAGUUUCUGUUGGUCUGUCUUCUCCUCGCUGUAUUUAUAAAGUAUUUUUGAUUUUAUCUGGGCUUUCUACAGUAUUGAGUACAUGUUAAUAGACCAAGAGCAGCCUUUAUCUUUGCUGCAGCCUAUCUUAAGCACUAUUCAAUGCAGGGAUCCAGAUUUUGGACUUCUUAGUGUCUUCCCCCCCCCCCCCUCCCCAGUGGCAAUGUUCGCUUUGUGAUUGCUUUUCAUGGUAAUAGGAACAAUGUUCAUAUUUGCCUUGUACAGCAACCAUUUCUAAUUAGUUCAGAUUUCUGCCAACUCCAAAAAGCAGUUUUGAAGGAUUUAUUGAGAAGUGCGCUCUAAUUCUGCCAAUGUCAUUAUUUGUGUGUACCAGCUUCAUACUACCUAUUAUUCUGUUUAAUGCUGCUGGCAACUUCAUAUGCCACGCAGUUAUAUGGUAUAAAAACAGGCCAUUGGCCUACCACAUUUUUGUCAAUCAUCAUAUCUAUCUGUACUAACCUCAUUUGCACAUUCAGUACCUGUCCAGAUAAUUCUGUCACUCUUACUGUUCCAAAAGUUCAAUGAUAGUUUUGGUGUGAUACAGAAAACUUAAGUGCUACUGAAAUGAAGGAAUAUAAAUCCAUUUAAACUGUUCUUUUUGCCAUUAUUGUAACUUUGUAAAUUGAGUUAAGUUUAGAACUUUUGGUUUAAGCAGUUUUAUUUGAAACUGCUCACGUUCUUUAAGAUUUUAUUAAAAUAAGGAAAAUUAAGUAGACCUUAGCACUUCCAAUCUUGUUGCUAUUGAUGACAAGUGGUAUGUUAAAGGAGAAUGUUAACUUGAAUCUCGUGACCCAAUGAGUUUCUUUUCAUGUAAUGUAAUAAUUAGGAAAAUGGCAAAUCCUUUAGUACCCAAGUUCCAUCAUGCAGCAGAUUUUAUAAAGAAAUUAAAAUCUGAGGCAGGGAAAGAUAAAGACAAUGAUAAGUUUCACCUAAAGUGCUAAUCAGGCAUUGCAGAGGUUUCAAUGCAAGUGGAAAAUAAGGACUGAUGGUUUUCUUCUCAGUUGCGACCUGUUUUUUUUUCUAAAAACCUACCAAAUGCUAUGACUUGUGCUUGGAUAGAUUUUUGAAGUGCCAGCAUUAGUUGUUUUAUUUUUGGAUGCUUCUUUUAACUAUUUGAUAUUAUUGCAUUAAUCUGUAAAUCAUAGAAAAUGGGUAAUACUGGGACUGUCCUUUCGAAGUGCUGCUAUGGGCAAAAUGGCUUCCUUCAGUGCUGGAUCAAUUUUAUCUCUUCAGCCAAGGAUUGCUGUCUUAAAGUUUAACGAUGUGUAAAAAUAAUGUUGUGGUAAUUGACAAUAAGAUUUAACAUGUACUUCAGUCCAGUGAUAAACAGAAGCAAAAAUAGUUUUGAAUUCGAUUCUAGGUAGCCCAUGAGCUCUGAUCUUUGAUUUUUCCCUUUGAGGUUUGUGUUUUCAAGUUUAAAACUUGGAUGCAAACAGCAAGUUACAUUUGAGCGUGGGAUUGUUAAACGUGCAUUUUCUGUCUGUGUAUCUCUCUGUGUCUGCGUUUCUGUGCCUCUCUGCCUGUCUCCCUCCCCCUCGUAGUCUGAAGCUAAACUAAAAAAAACAAGAUGCCCCUUUUAACAGUGAAUCUAUCAAUUGAGCCUUUCACCCAGCCUGGUUUGGGGGCGGGGGUGGGUUAGAAAACAUUGAAAAUGUGCUGUAUCAUUCAGGAAAAAUGAAUGGUUGAAUUUAGUGCUAUGAUUUAAUGCACAUGCUGCAGUCCUCUUGACAGGAAAGAAACUGGGUGUUAAUGCAAAGAUUUAAAAAAUGCUAAUGAAGGUUUUAAGCAAACUGGAGGAUUUUCUUUUGCAAGAGACAUCCUGCUGAUUGAAUGGGCAGUGUUUAAUUGCAAACAGGGAUCUUUGUAGGUGAUUGAUCUGCACGACUGGGGUGAAGCUACAGAGUAAGGAGCAGUGUUUUUGCCCCAUCUCCAACCAUGAUAAUCAUAAAGCAGUUAAAUGUCAUAUCUGGUUAAUUAACGAAAGUAGGAUAAGUCCAUCCUUGGUGAUUAUUACAUCCAACUGGAAUUGGGUCCAUUGUAACAUGUGCUUGUAGAUUACAGCUUUCUAACCUAAUUUAUCCAAUUGAAAUGUAGUUCAGUGAUCACAAGUAUUUCUUUGUCCUGCAGCAUUGUUCAGAGCUGUAGAAUUCAUGAUCUUACUAGGCAUUCAUUAUUCUCCUUCCAAGUCUUUUCCUUGAUUAUACACUCUGCUAUUUUACUUGAUUCAUAUUUGUAAAUACUGCUGUUUCUUGAGUGACCCAUUUUAAUGAAUCCAGUUCAGGCUGUGACAUCUCCCAAAAGCUAUUUUAUGUGUCUUACAGAAUUGGCACUGAUUGGCAGCAGGUUUCUGAGUGAAUGUUUAAAAGUAAAUAAAAAUC